UGGCGUCAUGGAGACCAUCAUGGCGGCGGAGGGCGAGGAGAUGAGCGGCAACGGAGAGCUGGACGAGUCUGCAGCCAUGGAUGUCUCUGAAGCGCCACCGCCACCUCCUCCGCCUCCCCCACCUGAGAUGUCAGAGGAAAACGGCAGUGUUGCUGCGGCCCCUGAGGGCCCUAUAGAUGCCGACCCUGCUUCCUUCUCCAUGCCCUCGGCUUCUGAGGAGGAGGAGUUACCAGCAGACUUUGAACGUAUGUUGAAAACGGCAAACGAUAAUCCUCAAGACUUCACCAGUUGGACAGAUCUACUGCAAUACUGCGAGCAAGAGGGUCACGUCAUAGCAUCACGCAGAGCGCUAGAGGCCUUUCUUGCCCGGUAUCCUCUCUGCUACGGCUACUGGAAGAAGUUUGCUGAUCUGGAGCGGCGUGCCGGGUACAAUGACAAAGCAGAGGAGAUUUGUAUUCAGGGCCUCCAGGCAAUCCCCCUGAGUGUAGAUCUGUGGAUCCACUACAUCAAUCUACUGUUGGGAACACUUGACAUGAACCUGGAAGAUUCACCCAGUAGGAUUCGCACUGUGUUUGAGGCAGCGGUCUCAGCAGCAGGCCUGGACUUCCACUCAGACAGACUUUGGGAUCUGUAUAUUGAGUGGGAGAAGGAGCAGGGGAACAUGAAGAGCGCUGCAGCCGUCCUGGACAGAGUACUUAAAAUCCCCACCCAGCUCUACAACACCCACUACGACAAGUUCAAAGAGCACCUGAACAAUGAUGCGCCUAAAGACGUGCUUUCUGUAGAAGAGUACGAGGAGCUGAGGGCAAUAUGCCGCCAAAACCAGAAGGCUGAGCGAACCGAACAGGAGAAGGAGAAGGAAGAGGAGAGGCCGCCAGGGGAGGAAGAGCCCGCCACACCAGAAGGGACCGACAGUGAAGAACUGAUGCAAAAGAUAAGAGAACAAGUUCUGGUUUGCAGGGAUAAAGUGUACCAGGACAACGAGGGAGAAGUCCGCAACAGAUGGAACUUUGAAGACGCUAUCAAGCGACCGUACUUCCACGUAAAACCACUCGACCGCUUGCAGCUCCAAGCCUGGCACUCUUACUUGGACUGGGAGAUUGCUGAGACGAAAAAGGACGCCAAAGACACAACACAAGAUCCAAACCAAGCUGCCUCAGAGGAAUCCGGGGAAACAUCCCGGCCUCAGGAAGCCCCGCAGGAUCCUGCAGCUCCCCGCAGUGACCACAGAGUUCGAAUCUUGUUUGAACGCUGCCUGAUCGCCUGUGCGCUGUAUGAGGAGUUCUGGACCAGGUACAUUCAGUACCUGGAGCCCCAGAGCGUGGACGAGGCUCGAGCUGUUUUCAAACGAGCCUGUGUCAUCCAUCUGGCUUACAAACCCAACAUCCACAUGCUGUGGGCCACGUUUGAGGAGAGGCAUGGUGACUUAACCGAGGCCAGGCGAGUGUUGGAGGCCCUGGAGAGCUCUCUGCCAGGUCUGGCAGUCGUCCGACUCCGCAGGGCUGCUUUGGAGAGACGGACAGGCCACUUGGAGCAAUCUGAGGCCUUGCUGACUGAGGCAGUGGCUCAAUCCAAAGAGAAACCCACACUACAUGCUUUCUACUCCAUCAAGCUGGCUCGUCUACUGCUGAAAGUGGGCAGGGACCCCAGCAGAGCUCGCACAAUUUUACAGGAAGCACUGGAAAUUAGUCCGGAUAAUGACAAACUGCAUUUGAACCUCUUGGAGCUGGAGGUGUCGGGGGACCCCUGGGCCUCGGCUGAGGCGGUGAAGGAGUGUGUGACACGGGCUCUUGCAGCUCCUCUCACCCCACACACCAAGAUCCUCCUGUCACAGAGAGGCCUGCAGUUUGCAGAGGAUUACAGCAACUCCAUCGAGAGUGUGCUGUCCAUUUACGAGGCACACCAGAAGCUGCUGACUGAGCUCGGUGGGACAAAGAGGGAAGCAGAGAACGGGGAUGAGGAUCCAGAAAAGCCGGAGAAAAGUGACGAUGGCGCUGCUGUUGCCGCAUCUACACAAGUCCCUCCCACUUUGCCUCAUGUCCCCAUCACCACGCCGCCGCCAACUAUGAUGGGCACCGAUAUGAGCGCUCAGUCGAACUAUGGAGCCUACAGCAACUGGUACCAGCAACAGUACGGCAAUUACGGCUAUCAGAACAACUGGAACUACAACCAGACCUACUAUCCACCCAGCUAAAAGCGAGUCAGAGCAGCCGUGUCAACGGUUUCAUCCAACUGAACAACAGACUGAAGCGCAGUGUCCUGCAGAUGCUGAUGCAGCUGCUGAAGCGUAUCGCAGCCUCCUCCGGCCCUUCCUCCGGGUUACGUCACUGUCCUGGAUUUGGGGGAAAUAAGACGUGGAGCUCAUUUAAUGCGUCAUCACCUCUUCAGUUCUGAGGGGCAGGUGGAAAUAUCAACGAGAGAAAAUCUGCGUUUUCAGAAAUGUUCCUCUGCAAUUUUAAUUACAGCUAUUUUUGUAUUAGUUGGAAAACUGACCUCUUUGCUGGUGUUUUAAAAGCGUCCAUUUAUCCAACUUUAGUUGGCAAUGUUUGUUUGACAUUUUGUACCAUUUCACUGUGUAGUCUGUUUUCGUCUGAUGUAUAUAAAGGUGUUUUAUAGUGUGUCACAACAGAGCUUUUUUUUUUUUUUUUUUUUUUUUUUUUUUUUAAAUUUCACGUCUCUUUACUUGUGCUUCCAUAAUGAGGGGGGGAUCAGCUUUUACACAUGCUUGCUGUAAAACUACAAACGGUGAGAGGAAUGUGUCCUAUGCACUGUAUAUCUACUGUAGUCAUUUAUAUAAAAUCAAACUUUUUAAAAAUAUACACAAGUCGGGAUAGCAUUCAGAAUUUACUUCUUUGAUUCUUUUUGUUUUAAUUAAGCCAUCAGCGUAAUCCAUGACAGUCCACCUUAAAUUUAAAUGAAUUCAACUGGAUCUUAAAUGAAGGGCUGUGGGGAAUCUUGUGGAGUUGGGAAAGCAAAGUUGACAAAGCUUCGUAACGGGUCCUGCUGCCUUGUCUGACUGAGAUUAAUGUCAUCCUCAAAUAAAAGUUACCCAGAAUAACUAACAAUUGAUAUUAACAAGUAAUUUGUUCAUCUCUAGUUUGCUGUUAUCAACUGACCAGUCUCAUUUAAGUAUUUUAUUUUUAUAAUUAACCUUUAUUCAUCCCACAAGGGAAAAAUAGUGUCUGCUUUUAACCCAUCAGUAGUUAGACGAGAAGCAGUGGGAUGCUAGAUUUACAGCCCCGGGGAGGAGCUAGGGUUAAGGGCCUUGCUCUGGGGCACAACGUCGUUCACCUCGGUUGCAAUCUGAGGACGAACCUGGGUCCCUAGCUCCCAUCAAGGUUCUAGUUUUGUCCCUUUUUUUCCUGACAGACCUGAUGGAACCGAGUCCAGCCUGUGAACCAUUUCAUGAUGCCCACACAUUUUCUAUAGCGCUGGGGUCAAGGCUUUGUGGAGGCCACUCUGCAUAUAUUCAUUUUGUUGUCUUUGGGACAUUUUGCAACUAAUUUGGAGGUACGCCUAGAGCUGCGAUCCAUUUGUAAACCUGUC